AUGGUGGUGUUUCUUGACUUCGAGGACGACUCGCCCGAUCCCUUCCUCGAGCCGUACCGUCCGACUGACGCGUACCCGUCAUCGCAGCAGCAGAGCCGUGCUGGCCCGGCGGACGCCAACGAUGCGCAGUUCCGGCCGGACGACGAGCGCCCGAAUCCCAACAUCAACGGCUUCUCAGCCAUUCUGAGCUGCUAUCCGAUCGUCACACAGCUCGCAUCGCUGCUCGACCUCAACUCGCUGCACAACCUCUCGCGCACGUGCCGCCAGUUCCGCGCGAAUCUGCUCGAGUAUCGUAACCAGCUGGUCACCCAGACCCUACGGUGCUGCAACGAUGAGGUGCCGUGCGAGCAGCCCUCUCCCUCGGACCCCCACCACGCCCAGCAUGACUGGCGCAGUUCGCCCGAAGGAAGGAGACUCUUGAGCGGGAAAGUCGGCAAGUGCGCGAGAGACAUGGUUGGCGAGUGUCGGAAGUGCGGCGUUGUGGUUUGUAGGAAUUGCACCAGCAAGCCGCCUCCGCCAAUAGCCUUCCCCCACCGUCUUCGCCGCCUCUGCAAGACGUGCGCAAAUGCACCUCUGUCUAUCCUGACGUCACCUGGCAUCACCACGCCGCCUCCUGCUUGCUCGCUGCUAUCCUACCGCGCUCGCUCCGUAGGGUCGACGCCAGGCUCGUCACCCCACUCUUCGACCUCCACCCUCAGCACCACCCCUCCUGCGAACUCGCCACCGCUCUUCACGCCGUCCUCGUCGCCGGGCGCCUCCUCCUCGUACGGGCCGCCGUCGCCGGCUGCGAAAGACGCAGACACCCACAACCACAACCACAACGAGGCGGACGAGUGCCCGGCCUUCACGAACCAGGCCUUCAUCCGCAGCCCAUGUAGCUGCCCAGACGUGGUGUGGCUCUGCCAGCCGUGCGGCCACGGCAUCCGCACCAAAGACCAGCAGUACUCGCUCGGCUGGACAUGGCGGACGCGCUACAGCACGUACCUGGGCGGCCUGGGCGCCGGCAUCGGCGAGGGCCACGAGGGCGUCAAGUGCGGCCUCCAGGCCGCGUGUCGCGGCGGCCACGAUGUCGAGCACGAGGAGUGCGGCACCGCCGAGGAGCUGGCCGACAUCCAACGCCAGCUCGGCGGCGGCGCCGGGGCAUCAUUAACUCAGACCAGCCAUGGAGUCUCGAUUGGCGGCAAUGCGUCUCAAAGUAAUGGUGGAACAGCGUUCGGCGAAGGCACGGCCGUCGGCAGCCCGCACGAUGAGUGGAGCGGGACAUCGUUCUUCGCGCAGGAGAUCGAAGGUAUCGGCGGCCGGCGGGUGAUGAAGAUCAAACGGCGGGUGCGGGUGGGCGCCGUGGUCAAGGAGUACGAGGACGAGCGCGAAGGGCGCCAGGCGUACCUGACGCGCGAGAAGGAGGCCGUGAACCGGUCGUGGUGCGCUUGGUGCGCUCGCGUCGUACCGUCGAAGCGGGAUGUAAGGGAGUUGGAGAAGUGGGGGGUUGAGGGCUUGUAUUGCGGGGAUGGGAGGACAGCGAGGAAUUGA